AUGAUGUUAGGAGCAAGUGGUGCUGGUAAAUCAUCCACAGUGAAAAGCAUAUUGGGUGAACCAUUCAAAGAGGAGUUGGAUAGUACUGAUGGAAUGAAAACAUUUCAUAUCAGAUCAGAUUUGUUUGGUAAAUUUGAAGUUGUUGAAGAUACAGAAAAAGAUGGCUUUUGCUUCAAGUUGUUUGAUAUUGGUGUGCACGAAAUUUAUCAGAUUUUCAUGGCUCCGAUGGGAAUUUAUAUCCUUGUAGUUGAUUUGUCUCUUAAUCUAGAUGAUAUCGUCGUAUGUUAUGGGAAAAAGAAGACUAUGAGAGAGUAUAUUCACGGAUGUAUGAAUUUAGUACAUUCACAUACAACUAAAGUUGGCCAAGAUUUGGGAAGUAUAAUACAAAAUGUCAUUGUUGUUGGAACGAAGAUUGAUUUAAUAUCAAAGUUAAGCCGAGUGUAUAUGUCUGAUUGGUCCUUCUGGGAAUCUUCAGGAGAAGAUUGCCAACCUGUCAUCACCAAAUUAGAUGUGAAAUCUGGUUGUGUAUAUAUUGAGUGGGACUUGGGUAAAGCGACAUCAGGGUUUAUUGAGAGAUCUGACGAUAAACUUAAAUGGAUUGAAAUCAAAACUGUGAAGGCUAAGACUGGUUCUUACAAGGAUGCUGGAUUACAACCCCAGACUACAUACUAUUAUAGGAUACAAGUUGAAGAUGACACAUCUGCUGGUUAUACCGUCUCUAUAAAUACUGAAGGAGACAUUGACUCAUCCAAGAAUGAAGGAGUUUCUUGUGAAGACAAGUUCAAUCAAAUGCUUAUUGAAGUUUCUUCUGAUAUGGGGGAAG